CUUGAUGGGGUCUGAUGCAGCAAAUUCUGCGCUUUCUUUCUACGUGUAGAAAAAUGAGAAAAGAAUGGAUCCUGUCAUUUUUCUCUGAAAAAUACGUAGGGGGGAAAUUCAUUUGGCGCCUACUGUAGAAUAAACGAUAUAUAGCGUGAUAAGAUUGUUCAUCGCAAUAAGCCGAUAAACGUAUUAAUUAUAACAACAAUAAAAAUGAUUGAGUAGAAGUGGUUAUAUUACGAAGUUUAAUAAAGUAUUAUACCACUGUAAAGACCAUAUUCCUAUGACCAAGUUUAUUUUCUUCCACACGAUAUUUCGAUAGCUACUGCUAUCAUUAUCAAAUGAAAAGAAUUGAUAGACUGUACAGCUAACAGAGAUUCACACCAUAUAUAUAAAAUUUUUAUUGUCUCUUGUGCUUUAUAUAUAUGGUGUGAAUCUCUGUUAGCUGUACAGUCUAUCAAUUCUUUUCACUCGAUAAUGAUAGCAGUAGCUGUCGAAAUAUCGUGUGGAGGAAAAUAAACUUGGUCAUAGGAAUAUGGUCUUUACAGUGGUAUUAUACUUUAUUAAACUUCAUAACAACAAUAGUUUAUCGCGUUACUACGUAUCCGGAUAAGUCCUUGUAGAAAAUGUUAAUAUUUAUAUGAAUGAAGAAAAUGUUAAUAAAUGUAUGAAUUUAUUGAAUUCUGUUAUAACUAUUGAAGCUAUAUUUGGUUUUCUUAGUAAUAUUUCUAUAUUUUAGCAAAGAAACUUAUGGAAAGAGAAAUGGUUGGAUUGAACUAUUCAAACCUCUAUUAGCACUGGACUAUAAGGAUCGAUCUGAAUUGUAUGAAUUAUUUGUUGCUAUUCUCAUUCGAUAUAUACCAAGAGAUUGUGAAGCCGAUGGAAUGCCAUAUUAUCUUUUUCGCUUGUUACUAUUGUAUCAUGAUCCAGAAUUAUGUAGUUUUCUCGAUACUAAAAAAGUGACACCUGAUCUUUAUGCACAUGUUUGGAUGAGAAGUUUAUUUGCAGCUAAUUGUCCAUUGACUGUGACAUUAAAUCUAUGGGAUGGUUAUUUUCAACAUGCUGAUCAAUUUUUUGCUUUUUUUUUGGCACUUGUUUUAUUAAUGUUUGCUAAGGAACAUGUAUUUGAAAUGGGUGAAGCUGAUAAAAAUGAAAUUGUUGAAUUUUUAUCAAAAGCACCAUCAAAUUUAAGUGAAAAUGAUUUAGAAGAUUUUUGUUCAUUAGCAAAUCAUUAUGCAUCAAAUACACCACAAUCAUUCCGAAAAGAAUUUUAUUCAUGUUUAUUCAGUGAAUCAGAUCGUACCUUUUCACAGAAAGCCUGUUCCAUCUAUCAAGCUUUAUGUUUACCUGUAUCAGUUCAAGAAUUAUUACAAGCGAAUCAACUCGGGGGUACAACUGCCGGUGUCAGAUAUUUUAUUGUCGAUUGUAGACCAGCUGAUCAAUAUAAUUCAAAACAUUUAUAUACAGCAUUUCAUCUUGACGCAAAUCUUUUAUUAGAAGAUCCAAAAGAAUUUAGUAGUACAGUUGAUGCUUUAUUUGCUACACAAAAACAUGCAAUUGAUGCUGGUUCAUCAGCUGGUGGAGAACAUUUAUGUUUUAUGGGCUCAGGUCAUGAAGACGAAGAUAAAUAUGUUAGAAUGGUUGUUGCACAUUUUCUUCAACGAAACACAAAAUAUGUCAGUACAGCCUAUGGUGGUUAUGAAAUACUUUCACGCGCUAUUGAAGAUCCGUCUAUGUUAACCGAAGCUCAACAAAAUAGUUCAACAUCGCCUACAUCUCUAACAUCAGAUUCAAAUUCUCAUACAUCGAUUAAUUCCACACAUAAACAAAAUUCCAUGGAAAAAUUAUCAGUAUUAAAUAAUCAGACUUUAUCGUUGUUCAAUAUGAUAUCAAGUGUUGUGAAAACGAAAUCCAUCGAAGUGAAAGACAAAGUCAAAGAUUACAUAACUCAUACAUCAUUAGCCGAUAAUCAAUUACCAAAACAUGUGAGUAAUAAAGAUAAAGUUGUCAAAUUAUAUAGGCACAAAAAUCAAUCAUCUGUAUUUACAAUCGAUGGAGAUGAUGAAGAUGAUACACCUUCAUCACGUCAAAAAGAACCACCCGAACUUGUUGAUAUUGAAUCAUGGUUUUUGAGAUCAGAUAUGUUAUAUAAAUAUGAAUGUCAACAUAUUGAUGAGAGUAAUCAAAUGCAUCCAAGUCUGUUACUGGUAUCAUCAUCACAUUUAUAUAUUUUACGAAAAUUACCUGAUCAUAAAACAAUGGCCGAUGUUAUUUCACGACGUCCAUUGCAAUCAAUUGUUAAAAUUACAAGUAAAAAAAAAUUUCCAGAAAUAAUAACAUUUCGUUAUGGAACACAAGAGCAGCAACAACAACAACAACAACAAAACAGUGAUAAAAAUACAGUACAAGCAACACAAUUACCUUCAUCAACGCAACCUUCUACGACUGUUGAUUGUGAUAAAGUAUUUAUACCUGAUGCUGGUGAUGCAACUAAAAAUAUUAAAUUAUUAAUUGUAAAAGCACUUAAUUUAUAUGAUUUGAGUGAUAAUGAGGAACAACAAACGUCACCAAAUCAACCAUUAACAACGGCAUAA